AUAUAAUCAAGAUAUAAUUCGUCUCACUUUCUCCUCUUCUCUCUCCCUUGAUCCCUGCACACCUCGCCCCCACCAAAGCUCAAGCACCAUGUCCUCCCGCUCCUCCGUCCUCCCAGGUGCAUAUUACUACUUCUUCUGGCUUAUCGAGCCCCUCCUCACAGUCGCCGGCGGUGUCUCUGCAAUCUACGACCCUGUCGCGUUUGCCAAAGACAGUUUGCCUCUGAAUAUUGAGAGGGCUAGUGCAUUGGUUGGGAAGAGUGUUAGGGGGCAGCUUGUGACUACGCAGCUUGGGUCUUGCUUCUUGCUUUUGGCGAUGAUUUCGUUCUCGCUCUUCUGGGUAAUCAAAAAGAACUUCAAGGAUCAGCCUGCUGUUCAAGAAAAGCUUGUCAAGGCGUUGCUUAUCCCUCUUUCUAUCGCCGAUCUCGUCCACAUUGGUAUCACGCUCCUCGCCCUCCCCGUAUCACACCUCCAGGACCCCUCCGCCUGGACUUAUGUUCUCAAAGGAAACGUCUGGAUCACCUCCGUCCUCUUCCUCGUCCGCUCUGCCUGGCUCCUCGGUAUUGCCCGCCCCACCGCCUCCUCCAUCCACGACUCCGCCCUAUCACCCCACAAACAAGCCCGCCUCCCGCUCCCCAAGACCGUUUCUGAAUACGCCGUUGAGCAAGUCGUGGAGAUUGACAGCAAGCCGUCAGAGAGGGAAGCUAUUCCUAAGGCUGUGGAGACGCCUACUUCUGCUAAGAGGAGGACGCCUAGAUCGAAGAAGAUUGUUCAGGAUGAUUAGGCGGAGGGACGUUGGGGGGAUGUGAUGGAGAAGGUGGAAGAAGAAUACAGAAGAAUAGUAGGCAGAUGACUAUCAAUGCAUACAUUAUCGAUUCGAAA